GGUGACUCUCUACUGGCGACAGGCAUAAUAUUGCCAAAGAGGCGGCCAUCGUGCGAUUCGUUUUCGUCUAACAUCCAGAUUGUGCCGGAUCCACCAACUGUAAUUGGUUUGCAAAACGAAUCGAAUUCUCGUUGCAUAACGCCCAUUGAUGGCCAUGACGAUGGCGCUGGCGCUGGCAACGCCGACGCAACUCAAAAUACAAAACCAUUAGCCGUUAAGAAAUCUGACCAAUUCGUACGCACCGCGUCCUCUGUGUCUGAUGAUGAGGAAUCCAGUAGUGAUUGUCUGUUGUCGCAGCUAUCAAAACACGUACAUAAAAUGUCUGAUUUGGAAAGCAUUGUUGAACCCACAACUGUGCAUGUGAUUAAGGGCGCUACUAUGACGCUGAUGAGUUUCGAAGCUACGCCCACGUUGCCAACAUACUUGCUCAACGGUGAAAGUCGUGAUGUACCUACACCACCUGCUGUAGCAAUAUCGGCGCCGACGCCUUUACCUAUUCCCAAUGCGGAUGUGUCACCAGACACGGAUGAACAACGUCAUACAGCAGCGCCAACAACGGCUUUGAUUGCAGAACCGGCGAAAAUUGAAUUGCCACUGGCGCCAUCGACACAGAAUUCUAAGGAAAGAAUGGCCGCUGAGUUGCCGCAGCCAGAUUCGCUUGCGAUUGCAAGUGUUCCAGUAAAAGAACCCGAGCAAGUCUCAGUAAAGGAUUUACCAUCGGUGGCUGCACCCGUGCUGGCUGAACAGGAUGUGGGAAAGUUUAGUGAUCGCUCAUCUCGCCAAAGUUCAACGCCACCAUUACAGCUUGGACAGCAAUUUCAAGAUGCUAUGAAUUCACCACCAUCGGCGAAUGCAAUAUCAAUAUCAUCCGAUCAUGAAGUUUCUUCAACACAAGAGCUCGUUUUUACACCGGAAAAGCGUUCUAAUUCCAAUACUCUCAACAAGUCAGCGGAUGUGUCAACUGCCACUAUCGUCGAAGAAACCGCUAUGGUAGUACAAAAUAGCCAAAUCGAUACAACGCAUCACUUACCAGAAAACUCAUACCAUAUGCGCCGGCGUACGCGCAAAUUUUCUGAUGAGUCCAUAUUGCAUGAAAACAGAAAUGACGAUCCGGCCAAUAACGUCCCGCAACGACGACGAAAGACUUUUCCAUCUGAAUCGACUUUGCACGUACAAUUUACGUCCAACACUAUAUCCGCACCCAAUGUGAACACCCUCACGAGCAGCAUUGCUACGAGCGGUGCAAGUGUCGGUUUGAAUAGCGGUGGUGGCGGUGUUGGCGGUGUUGGUGGUGUUGGUGGAGGUAGUGGUGGCAGUUCGCCAUCUACGACCACUGAGCCGGUGACUAAACCAGCACAAACUCGACGACGGAAGCACACACAAAAGCGCAACAUUUCGCAACUGCCACUAUCUGCACGUAGCCGAGGAGGAAGAGGCGUUGGCAGCGCUAGUGAAUCGAAUGGCACUUUUGUAUUUGGUUGCAGUCGAUUGCAGACAUCUAAAGUUCAUCUAUCAGAUGUAGAACCUUGUGUUGUACUACCGGCGAGCGCUGUUGUGCCGCCCGUCAAUUUGGGUAAUAUUGCACACACCUAUUCGAAGGAUAGUAUGGCGCAAAUAAAGGUGUUCGUGCCGCCCGCUGUAGAUAUGUGCAUGGAGAAUGAGGGUGCGGAAAAGAAGGUAACAUUAAAAGCCUCAAAGAUCUCUGGCAGUGAGGCGACUACAACAUGUCGUCGCGGCCGGCCGCCGGGCUCGUUAAAUAAGUGUUCGAAGAAGCCAAAGCUAAUUGAAUCAGCGGAGAAAACCAAAGCGAGAAAAACUGCGGUGAAUCUGUCAAAACCAAAGACUGCGCGCACCGUAAACAACCCUGUAAAUAAGCCUGUUGUCGCUAAGGAACUCCAAAAACUACAGAAUUUGAAAGCGGUGCAGCCAGCAAGACCACCACCUGCGCCAGUCAAAUCAAAAAAGCCAGCGCGUACAAAGAAGGCCGACCGUGUGUCCAGUCGCAAACCGCAUUGGAAGACGAAUGAAAAUGAACGACUUCGUACAUUGCGGCCACGGUCCGAGGAACAGUUGAACCGCAUGAGAUUGGCUGGAGAAAUUUCACAAGCUGAGGUAACAGAUGAAGAGAUAGAAGAAAUUAAAGGAUGCGAAAUUGCAAGCGCUCAAGGUAUGGAGGAAGCUGUGGACUCGAAGUGGCAAAUAGCCGAAAUGCAACCGAUUGUGCUUGUGCAACGCAUUAGCUGGAUAAAGUGAAAAUUUGUGGAAGGUGUUUAGUUGGAUAAUUUGAAAAUUAAUAAUCUCAAAUCCAUGAGUUAGGAGUUUAGUUUGGGCGUGUUUAGUUAUGAAAUGCUUUAUUUAACACGGUCCAUUGCUUUUAUGUGAUUGUACACAUUUUUUAUGUUGAUUUAGUUUUAAAAUAAUUGCCCAUAAAAAAAAUAAUAAUAAUAAUAUUAAAAUAGAAAAGAAAAGAUUACUGUAAAAAGUACUGCCAGAGAAUAAUAAACAUACACAUUUUAAACUUAAAAUAUGAUCACACAUGUAGUUUACAUGAAUAAACGAAAACACAUUAACCAAUGGAAAUACAGGAAAGCAAUGAAAAUAAGAAAUUUUGAAAAAAAAUUUACUACAUUAAUUUUUGCAGGCAUGUUGAAUGAAUAUUUAUUUUCUCAUUCACCUUGUUUAUAAAGUGCAUUAAUUCGUGUUAACUUAAAUCGUAUAAACGCGUGCAAAUUAAGUGUGUUACACUGACACGAAUUUAUAUGAAACCGUAUUUAGUGUCGUAUAAACAAGGUAAUUGAUAGCUAAAUAAGCGUAUUUGAAUGUUGGAAAAUAAAAACUAAAUGCUGCGAAGACUUGAAAGAAACAAGUAAUGAAAUUUGUACUGUAAAUAUUUUAAGUUUUCUUGUCAUUCUAAUUUCAAUACAGGUUUCAACUAAUUUACUUAGACUGAUUGCAUUUUGUAUAUAUAAUUUUUACACUUGUUACGCUGUGUAUGCAUCUCAGCAAUACUCAAGUUGGUUUUUAUGAAAUCCAAAUCCGAUCCCGCGGAAUUCGUAAAUGAGUGAAAUACGACACGAAAUUAAUUUUGGAUUUCUGAGAUGAGCAAAGAAAUUAGCUUUCGCCGUGUAAACCGCCGAAGCGCCACUUUAUUCGAGCUUCGAGCCGAACCACGAACCGAACCGUUUUUGAAAUGCCUAAACCGAACCGAAAACCCAACUCCAAAAAAUGCUUCGAUUCGGUUCAAAAUGAAAAUCCACUAAAGCAUUUUUCUAGUUUUGUAAUACACAACCCGUAUAGUAAAACUGCAAAAUUUUUGUUUGAUGGCAACUCCGUGAGUUGUAAUGCCAGUUAAAUAAAAAUUUUCUAAAACUCGGAAAAUAGAAAAAAAAUUUUCAAAGAGAAAGCCCACAAAUAGUGGAUUUGAUGUUUGCGCGGAUUGAAAAAAACUGCAGCCCUUCAAGACGAAUUUAUUAUAAAUUACUUUAUCUUAAUUGUUUCUUUCGUUAUGUACAUAGAUAUGUACAACGCGAAGA